AUGUAACUGUUUGCUUAAUUAAUAGUAACAUACAAUUCAAUUAAGAGGGUAAUUCUUAUUAUUAAUUUUACAGGGUGUCUAUGCUAUUAAAGCAGCUUUAUUUAGAGGCUUACGUUUGGGUUUAUUUACAAAGUGUGCAUCCACUACUCAGCUCUACAACGCCAAUUUUGUCUUCAUACUGCGAAUGUAAAGUUUGAAUAAACAUGCAAAAUAUAUUCUCUUGUAAUUCUCUAAUGAUGUUUUCAUUCAACCAUUAGGAAAACCCUUUAAUAUAAAGUAUUGUUUCUAAAAAUUUCUGAAUAUUUUUAAUUAAUCAAAAUCUGUUUUUUUAGUUCAUCUCUUUGAUAGUUCAGUAGUAUUCAUAAGACAUAAAUCUCUUGUAUUUGCUUAAAAUACUAAUCAUUGA